AUGUCAUCGAUUUUGAGGAAAUUGUUCAGAAAUGAAACAAAAAAAGUUACGCAAAAAAAUUCCAUUACUGGGCGAAAUAACAGCUUUCCAGUACCGUACUUAUCAAAACUCGAAGGCAAUCAGUUACAAUCAGGUCAAUCAUUGAUUGUUCGAGGUUAUAUCAUUGGACGUAAUGAAUUUAUUAUAAACCUUACAAAUGGUGGAAAAGUGGAAAAGGAGGAUGAAAAUGAUAUUCUUGACAAUCGACUUCUUGCUAUUCGAGCAAAUAUUGCUUUGAAAAGAAUUUAUUUGAAUGCCUGUAUUGAUGGCGAAUGGGGAAGAGAAGGCUCAGUGAAGCAUAAGUGGACACUUGGUGAUGAAUUCGAUAUACGAAUUAGAUGUCAUGAUAAAUACUUUGAGAUAUUCGUUGACCAUAAAUUACUAGCCAAAUUUGCGUAUUACGUGCCAAUUUCAAAUAUUUCACACAUUUAUAUGAACGGCGAUGCCGAAUUAUAUACAGUCUCGUGGGAGGGCAAGUAUUACCAAGUUCCUUACACAGCAGAUAUCCCGGGAAACUUUUAUCCAGGACGAAAGCUUUACGUAUCAGGAGUUGUUAAAAAGCGAACCAAACAAUUCGUGGUGGAUUUUCACUCUGAUAACGAUAUAGCAUUUAGAUUUAAUCCACGAAUUGCCGAAAAAAAGUUAAUUCGUAAUACUCGAUCAGAAGAAAGAUGGGGAAUGGAAGAAAAAGAGAUCGAAAUACAAUUUCCACUCAAAAAGAAGCGAGCAUUUGACUUACUGUUUUAUUGUGAAGAAAAUCGAUUUCUUUGUCAUGUGGAUGAUUGCCUUAUAUGUUCAUUUACACAUCGAAUGUCACCCCGAAAUAUCAAUAAACUUUCCAUUGAUGGUGACAUCGAAUUACAAGGAGUACACCUCAAGUGA